CAAAAGCAACUCUUCUGAUCCUUACAUCUCCCGAAGAAGCUAAGAUGGCGAUAUUUAAUCCCCCAAAUGUGCCUCUAGUUGAGGAAGUUAGAAAGCUUAUUUUGAUCUCUGUUUGUAUUUACACGCAAGAUGGCAAUUGCACCUCCUCCAUUUCCUCCGAAUCUUGCCCCGCCCCAGGUUCCUGCGGGGUGGAGAGCAGAGUGGAGUCCAGAACAUAAUACUUGGUACUACUUAAACCUCACUACCAAUGCAUCGCAGUGGAACUUUCCAGUUGAGCAAGUUCAAACCCCUUAUGGCUCACCACCUCCACCUCAGCAGUAUCCACCGUACCAGCAACAACAAUCCGAUACUCCCCAAUCACAGCAGAUAGGCACUGUUCCUGAGCCAACUGGCGAGGUUGGCCCCGAUGGAGAAAGAGGAUUAGGCAAGAUAGCAGCAGGAGGCUUACUUGGCGUUGCUGGUGGUCUCGUUGCCCGUGCCAUCUUCAAGCACGAAGAAGAGGAAGGCAAGAUCCAAAAACCACACUUCAGCUUCUGGAACAACGGCGACAAUUCAUCGAACAAUCAACCAGAUAGCAAUGGCCCUUCAUCAUGGCUCUCCAAGCUCAGCGGAGGAGGAAACAAACCCGACUUCACAAUCCCAGCUGCUGCCGCUGCAGGCGGAGGACUCUUCGGCAGCCUAGCUUCUCAUAUACCGGGAUUCAGUGCAAGCGGACAACAACCAGCAGCACAAAUGUAUGCGAGUCCUUCCUGGCACACCGGCAAUAACCCAAAGCUACACAUCCACUGCGCAGCCUGGUCCGAUCAAGACGUCACGCACCUCAUCCGCAGAAUGGUAACGCCCAGCCAAUCAAUCGACUUCAACACCGACGAUCUGGGUGACCAUCUCGGCGACCCUUGGCCCGGAGCUCCCAAGCAAUUCUCCAUCGUCUACUCCUACGGGCCUCGACCUUGGGAACUAGUCUCCACGUCCUCCGGGCGCGGCAAAUUCUCGCUCCUGCCCCACGAACCGUUGAGCAAGGAUCGCAUGUCGUUCAUCCAGGCGCCGAAUAGUAGAGUCAUGGGCGUUGUUUGGGGGAGGGGCAAUGCGUUGGAGAAGGGGACGGUGGAGAAGUUGAAGGAGAUUGAGACGACGGGCGAGUUUCAGGCUACGAAUGAGUGGGCGGGUUUUGAUGAUAUGUGGGGGCCGGGGAAGGUGGCUGUUGCGUAUUAUAGGACGCAGAAUGGAGAGGUGAAAUUUGCUGCUGCGAGAGAGGGUAGGACGUGUAGGUUGCCGUAGAAUCCGUUGGCGAGGUAGAACUGAUAAAUGAGGUUGAAGAUGUAAGAUUCUGUGAGCGGCUGUGAUAUUCGAACGGCUAGAUCUACCGUAGGCUCUUGAGUUUACUGACUGG